AUGUCUCUUCAUCGCCAAUCUCUCGACACCAAGCGCGAUUUCGAGGAUGCCACCUCAGUAUCGGUCGUAAAUGCAAGCGAUGUCGUGCGAGACAUCGUCCGCCCUCCGAUCGACUAUUCUUCCCCAUCUGCCUUCAGGAGGAGUGCAUGGGCAAGAUGGAAGAGUAUAUGGACCAGGCGCUUCGUACUCUCGCUCUUAGCUGGACAGGUCGUUUCUCUGUGCAUAACGGUAACUAACGUCACGACGACGGAGCUGGUGAGCAGGAAUUGGUCGUUGCCGACUACGCAGACUUGGUUCCUAUACUUUUCGCUUUUUAUCGUCUAUACGCCAUAUACUAUGUAUAAGUAUGGGCUGAAGGGCUGGGGUCAGAUGGUAAUUAGAGAUGGAUGGAAAUAUUUCAUUCUUGCAUGCUGUGAUGUCGAGGGUAACUUCUUGGUCGUAAAGGCUUACAACUACACCGAUCUGCUGUCCUGCAUGCUCCUAGACGCCUGGGCGAUUCCUGUAUGCAUCUUCUUUUGCUGGGUGUAUAUGCGUACAAAGUAUCAUUGGACUCAGGUGUUGGGCGUCCUGGUGUGCGUCGGAGGCCUCGGCAUGCUAGUAGCAUCAGACAUGCUCACGGACAAGAACUAUCCUGCAUUAAGCAGGGGCAAAGGUGACGCCUUCAUGAUCGUCGGCGCUACGCUAUACGGCUUUACCAAUGCCACGGAAGAGUUCUUUGUGAGGAAAUCGCCGCUUUAUGAAGUCGUUGGCCAGCUUGGUAUGUGGGGAACCCUGAUCAAUGGGAUCCAGGCUGCUAGUCUGGAGCAUGCGGCCAUGACUACGGCGUCGUGGAACGGUGCUACCAUUGGUUUUCUUGUUGCUUACACAGCUGCGAUGUUUAUCCUCUAUACGACUGCUCCAUUGCUGUACCGCAUGGCGUCCUCAGCCUUCUAUAAUAUUAGUUUGCUCACGAGUGACUUUUAUGGUCUUAUUUUUGGUCUCUUCCUUUUCCACUAUUCGCCAUACUGGCUUUACUUCCCUGCUUUCUGCAUUGUCGUCCUUGGGCUCAUCAUCUACUUUUGGCAUGCAACACCCGAGGAGCAGGGAAAACUCGAUCCUAAAGCUCCGACAUAUAUUCGAAGGAUGCAACAGGAGGACCAAGUUUAG